CUGCUGAUAAUUUCUAACAGCAUUUGAACAGAUCUGUGUCACCUCAGACACCACUGCAGGCAGCCAUAAUCUGCAAACGUGGAGACUCAGAAAAGAAUAAUCAGUGAAUUCUAGAUAGAUUAGCUUGAUCCAAGAAACCCCCUCACACGCGAGUACUACUACUCUAAUGUGGUGCCUGGAGCGGCUCCUACGAGUGCGGACACGCCCAGCGGCCACCUCUGCCUUUGCUCCUUCCACCUUUACCAAUGUUCUCACCCCAGACAGCAUCCCAGAGUUCUGCAUCCCGCCCAGGCUCUUGCCCAGUCCUUUCCUACGCCCUACCCGAGAUCAGCGGCAGGAGAAAGAGCUGCGGCCAGAUCUUGUGGGAGCCAGGGAGGACCCGGACCUCACCGACUGGGACCCGCGCUCGCAGGCUGCCCUCUCGCUGCAGCACCUGCCUCGCAGGUCAACUUCGUACGGCUUCUGCGCGCUUCUGGAGAGUCCGAAUACCCGCCGUAAGGAGUCCCUUUUUUUCGGGGGCUCUGCAGCUGCUGCCGCCCUUCUUCUCCAGCCCCCGUCCCGGCAGUUGCUGCGACCUCGGGCUCAUACCUACUGCAGUAGCGGUGGCACCUGCAACCCACGAGGGCCGAGUGUUUCAUCCGACACUACCGACAUCGCCUCUUCCUCCCUCUGCUCUGCCAGCUCGUCUCCCUGCGAUGCCCCGCGUUCCCGGAGCCUCCAGCUUUACCGCCGCCUCCUCCGCGCCCCGGACGGGCUGCUGGGCCGGGCGCUGCGAGCCAGUGGGAGCCGCGUUCUGGCCCGGACCCGCUCGGUCUCCAGCGCAGAAGACGAUGACGAGGACUUCGAUGCCGUGCCGGACGCAGACCGCGUCUCCACCUCGGCGGGGCCCAGGGCUCCAUCCCUCCCGCCGACCCCCUCCGCUCUGGGCCCGCCGCGGGAGCGCCUGGAGGUCGAGAGCACCGUGACCCUGGGCCACCACGGCGGCGCCCUGCACUUGGCUACCGAGUACUGUCCGGCGUCCCGGCGGCUGCGCAUCCGCCUGCUCCGAGCCGAGGGUCUGUACAGCGGCACGGCCGAGCCGGGGGCCAUCGGCUGCAGAGUCAGCGUCACCUUGGUGCCUCCGGGGAAGACGCGCAAGCAGCGCAGCGCCGUGAUCCGACAGAGCCGCAACCCAGUGUUCAACGAGGACUUUUUCUUCGACGGACUGUCCGAGGAUGACCUACGCCGCACGGCGGUGAGGGUCAAGGCCGAGAACAAGGGCCGGGGCCUGGAGCGGGACCGUUUGCUAGGCCGGGGAGAGCUGGAGCUCAGCUCCAUACUUCUCUGACCGUGGCCCAGCUUCACCCCUCCCUUCCUGGUGCUUUCUGGGGAGGCCCGGACCCUGGCAGCUAUUUUGUAAAAAGAAAUAAAGUUUUAAUUUUCUUUAAAGUA